AUGAAAAAAAAUCGUUCAGCUGUAACGCCCUUCCGGUGCCUAGCUGCCAUGCUACCCGAAGGUUGCACGAGGGCUGGGAUACUGCCAGGUUGCCCAAGCCUAGAUAGGGGAAGUCGGGAGGCAGAGGUCGGGUUCGAACCACGGACCUUCCGGUCAGUAAAUUCACGCUCUAACCACUUGAGGCAUCUCGCCCCCCCCCCCAGAAAUAAGGAAAGGUAUUGCAAUAUCAGUUUACGGAUAUCCUGCAUCCUCCUUAUCAUCGACAACACGACAUCAGUGUUCAACAUCGACGCUUCACUGCCGUACAACCAUGAUUUAUUUGAAGGCAUUAUUGUAAAGAAAAGAGUAGAGGUGGACAGGGAAGCGAAGCGACUUAAGCUUACCACAAUGCUUACGAGGUGCUUAUACCUCCAGACACUCACGCAAACGGCACAGGGAGGAUCACGCGGUCCCCAUCCUGGAAGACGAGUCGCGUCGACAGCACCCAAGCGUUUCGUGAUUUCCUUCAUUUCCCUCUGCCCGGUCAAGAACCGUCCACCUCUCUGUUUACGCCACUCUGAAUUAGGCAUGGAAAACAGCACUCUCUUCGGCAAACAAUGGUUCGGCAUACGCAACACAUGUCCCAACCAACGCAGCUUCUGGUACUGGACACAUUCUUCAACGGAACUGCUCGUUGAACAACCGAAAACGCGCUUUCUAGCCACUUCGUUACGCCAGUCCUGGGUGAAAAGAGCUCAUCAAUCUGGAUGCUCGCCCAUACUGAUACUGAAAUCAGUCAAUGACAUUCGGAUGAACUGA